ACCUCUCAAACCUCGGCUCUGCUCUUGGUGGAUGUUUGUUGUUAUCACAGAGUCCAACAUGUCUCCAGCAAGGUUUCUCUUAUCGUGUCUGCUUUUUAAAGACGCUUUUGCGCUGUCUGGGAGUUUUUGGCAUAUCACAGAUUUGCAUUGGGAUCCAACAUACAAAGUCACAGACAACCCAGACCUGGUGUGCGCAUCCAGCGGGAAACGACCCGCUUCCAGUGCUGGUAAAUUUGGAGACUACGUGUGUGACUCGCCAUGGAACCUUAUAAACUCAUCUGUGUAUGCUAUGAAAAAUAUUCUACCAAACCCCGACUUCAUCGUAUGGACAGGGGAUGACACACCGCAUGUGCCAAAUGAGGAUUUAGGAGAAGAGGCUGUGGUUAACAUUAUUGGCAACCUUACUCACCUCAUAGCUGAGGUGUUCCCAGACACUAAAGUGUACUCUGCCCUGGGAAACCAUGACUACCACCCCAAGAGUCAGCUUCCUGGAGCUCCAAACUCCAUCUAUGACCAAAUAGCAGUAAUGUGGCAGAACUGGUUGAAUCCAGAGUCCAGAGAAACUUUUAAAAAAGGUGGAUAUUAUACAGAGAAACUGCUGGGCCGUGCUGGUUUCAGGAUGCUGGUCCUUAAUACUAAUCUCUACUAUGACCAGAACAAGGUGACCCAGAAUACGGAUGACCCAGCAGGACAGUUUAGCUGGAUGGAUCAAAUUCUUACAGAGGCAGCCAACAACAAAGAGAAGGUGUAUAUCAUUGGCCACGUUCCUCCAGGUUUCUUUGAGAAGAAAAGAAAUAAGCCAUGGUUCACACAGAAAUUCAACAAGCGAUACCUGGAUUUAAUUGAGAAGCAUCAUUCUGUUAUAAAUGGGCAGUUUUUUGGCCAUCAUCAUACUGACAGUUUUCGCAUGUUUUACAAUGCCAAUGGAUCUCCCAUUAGUACAAUGUUCCUCAGCCCAGGAGUCACACCAUGGGAAACAACACUUCCUGGUGUUGUGCAUGGAGCUAAUAAUCCUGGGAUUCGUAUCUUUGAAUAUGACACAGAAACACUACUGGUCAAAGAUGUGGUGACGUAUUACAUGAACCUCACACGUGCUAAUGCAGUCAAGGAACGCUGGGAAAAAGAGUACCGCCUCACAGAGAGUUUCAGAGUACCAGAUGCUUCUGCAGCCUCAAUGCACCAGGUUCUAGAGCGUAUAGCUGCUGGUCUCUGCUACCAGCAGAAGUACUAUGAUUUCAACUCUGUCAGCUAUGACCUGAAAGACUGUGACAGUGACUGCCGUGUUGACCAUGUGUGUGCAGCAAGAGAGGUAGACUUUGACAGGUAUGAGCACUGUCUGGAAAAAGAAGGCGUAGUUUCCAUUCAUGGUGGGCUGCUGCUUUUGCUCUUUUCUAUCAGUGCAAGUCUGAUGUCACCCUAUUGGUAGUGAUUAUAUCAGCAUCACAUGCCUAUAACAUUUUAAUCGUUUAAUGACUGAAUAAAAGAUAAGAGUCCAACAUCAAUGAAAGACCAUUUCUGCAUUGCAUGUUUCCAUAUUUUACUAUGUAAGUUUAUCUGUUGAAACAAGAUUGGCUUACAAGUUCACACUCUGUAGUCCAGUCUUUAAUAUCACAGUCAAAACAGCUUUGGCUUAAAAUAAACAGAAUGGGUUCAGAGAAUUCCUGGACAAAGAAAAUAUAGCCCCACAUCUAUAGUAAUGUGUUAAUAUAGAUUUUUAUCUCAUACUCUUGGUUAUACAGUUUAUAAUAGUUAAGCAGUAGUUUAUCUUUGGUCUAAUUAAGUCAAUGUGGUUUCUUUGUAGUGGUUGAGUGUGUUACUUUCAGCUGAAAGACUUGUAUUCUUGUGACUAAACACUCUGUCAAACAACUCCAAACCUUUCUUAAACAUUUUUCUCCUGUAAGUGUAAGUUCUCCUUCGGCUGCUGUAUGUAAUAAAUAUUAUCUAAAUUGUGUGUAAUGUUAUAUCAAACCAAAAAAAAACAAAAAAAAAACAAAAAACAAACUAAAAAAAUCUGUUCUUUUGAAACAAUAUAUUGGUUGUUUGACUGAUAAGAAAAGUAAUCUGUUGAUUACUUGGGUUUCAUGAAUAUCUUUCCCAUGACUAUGGUUAUGUGAAAAAAUUUGAUCCUCUACCAGUUCCCAAUGACAUGUGUGGGAACUUCUGUAAAAGCAGAAGUUUUGGC